UAUUUUGAUCAACAAGUAAUUGACCCAUGCACUGGCAUGCGUCAACAUUAGCUCGGUUCGUGCAACCAACUUGACCAAAUCCUUAUCUACCACAUGAAACAUUCUCCGAUAUAUGUACCUCAGUCACACAUGCAUAUAUACCUGCAAGGCUGCAAGAACACAGUUUGCUGCUUCAAAAAAUUUCCCUCCAAAGUUCUUGUUGCUCGUGGCUUAUUACACACCUGAGGACGCAUGAGACGAGAGAGGAUGGUGGGCGCGGCGGCCGCGCUCGUGGUGGUGGCGCUGGCAGCGGCAGCGGCGCCGGCGUCGGGGCAGGUGGCGACGUCGUGCACAGCGUCGCUGAUAACGACGUUCACGCCGUGCCUCAACUUCGUGACGGGCAGCACCAACGGCGGCGGGUCGCCGACGCAGCAGUGCUGCGGCUCGCUGGCAGAGAUGGUCCGCACCAAAGCCGACUGCGCCUGCCUCGUAUUCACCGGCAACGUGCCCUUCAGCCUCCCUAUUAACAGCACCCUCGCCAUCUCCCUCACCAAGCUCUGCAACUCCAUGUCCGUCCCGCUGCAGUGCAGAGACACCGCGACGCAAAUCCCAGCUCCAGGCCCUGUUGCAUUUGCUCCGGCGCUGCCUCCUCUGCCGCCGAUUCCACCAGAAUCGUCAGUGCAGCCAGAUUCUCCGGUGGAUCCGACGGCGGUGGAAUCGCCGCCGAUCACCCAGAGGCCAGUGGUGGUGCCCAGCUCGGCGUGGAGGAGUUCUCAUGUGUCCGUGGCGGCUGUCGCCAUUGUACUGUCUACAGCUAUGUCCAUUUUAGUUUGAUUCGGAUUUGGUAUCCUAGGAUGCAUGUGUUUGUGUCGUGUAGUUUGAGAAUUACUACACGGAGAUUACAAUUCUGCGCUUUGAUUGUGUAAUCAUGAUUUUUUAUAUUAAUAGUGACACAUACUUACAAUGGAAAUGAAAUAUGUUUCUGGUGCA